AUGACUUCGAAACAAACACGAAUAGGCAUGGGUUUUGAUGCUCAUCGUUAUCUUCCUACACAAAAUGGUUCUACGAACAAAGUUAUGCUGUGUGGAGUUGAAGUUCCCUCGAUGUAUGAUAUAGAAGCUAAUUCCGAUGGAGACGUAGGGCUUCAUGCCCUUGUAGAUGCCUUACUUGGUUCAGUGGCUGCUGGUGACAUUGGUAUGCAUUUCGCUCCUGACGAUAUCCAAUGGAAAGGAGCCAGAUCAAGCAUGUUUCUUAAACAUGCUUUGGCGAUCGUGCAUGAGAAGGGCGGUGAAUUGAUUAAUAUUGAUAUUACGAUUAUUGCUGAAAAGCCUUAUAUUUCUCCUUAUCGACAGCGUAUGCGUGAAAAACUCAGCGAGCUACUAGCUAUUGACAUCGAACGCGUUAGUGUAAAAGCAUCAACAACAGAGAAAAUGGGUUUUAUUGGACGGGAGGAAGGUAUUGCUGCUCAGGCUUGUGUCAGUGUUCUUGUUUGA